UAUUUAAUGAAUUAAAUAGUUAACUUUACUAUUAUUUAUAUAUUUAUUUAUUUUAAAAAAUAAUUAUUUUUAUAUAUUUAUCACUAUUAACAUACUAUUAAAUGUAAUAUUAACUUAGAGACAACGUAAAAUACUCGUACAUAUUUUAUACGUAACUUUCCUAUACCGUAUUUUAUUAACUAUAUUUCCACAAGCACCUUUGCAUACCCUAGAUGCCCACCCAACAUUGUAGUUUGAUCCACACCUAGAGGUACGCUAACCAGCUAGCCAUAUGACUGAGACCUCAAAUGAUUUAAGUAGUUUGACUAAUUGGUUGGAUUUUACCAAAAUUCAUCGUCAGAUUGGUUUAAGUAGUUUGAAUUUGUCAUACUCUGUACUAACUAUACCAACCAACAUAACAAAUUUCACUUAUGAUAAAUAGGAACCAAAUCAAGGGAGCGGUUAGCGUGACUACCCUCCUAAGGGGGUCUGAUUUUUGACACCCCUUUUAGAUAUCGUCCAUCUAAUCCAAUGGUAAGGAUUAAUCAUGUAUUAAUUACAAAAUCCUCUCACUAGGUAUUAAUUACACAAUUGAAACUGAUUAUUGUGUAUUAGGUAUUAAUUACACAAUAAGUUUCUCUCACUAUAUUGGAAAAUGGAAAGAAUCUAGGAAAAAACAGUUCACACCCCUAAUUCAAAAAUCAAUCCCAUUUUUUUCACCUUUCUCCUUCUCUCUCCCUCGAUUUCGCUCUGCCCCUGCUCGCCGCCGUCACCUCUUCCCCGCCACAGUCCAUGGUUUCUGAUCGUCGACGCACCAACAAAAUCCUCUCCCUCCGACUCUCCCCCAUCCUCCGUCGUGGGCUAAGUCUCGGAUGAUGGUUGUCGUUGUUCUCCGAGCAACACCAGGCUUGCCGCCACGACUCUCCAUCUCCUUCCACAAAGCUCGGCACUGCAAAGGGAUUGACGGAGAAGACGACGACCCUCCUCACCUUCCCUACGAGAUGACUUCACUCAUGUCGUUCCUGCGGUGACCCUCCUCCCCUUCCCGGCGAAGAUGACGACGAAGAAACUGAGGUAGCUCUCUCUCCCCUACUGUCUCUUUCUCCCAAACUCAAAUCUGGGUUUUCGUGUGGAUUUUUUCAUGUGGUAUUAGUACCAGUGUACUGGUAUGUCUAUCACUGGAGUAGUAUGUCUAUCACUGGAGUGGUAUUAGUACCAGUGUACUGGUAUGUACUACUGAUUUAUAUCACUGCAGUGAUAGUUGCAAAGAUGUAUUGGUAAUUCUACCACUGAAUUCUACCACUAUAGUGAUAGUUUUCUUACUUAUCAAACUCAUAUUUCUAUCACUGAAUUGAUAGUGUUGAUUAUUGUCUGUAGGAAUGGUCAAGACGAAGAGACCGUAACUUGGAGUGCCUAAAGGAAAGAGUCAUGGAAGCUAUUUCCUCGUUAUGUAGAAGUUGGGGUAGGUCAAGAUCAUUCAUCGGGUGCGAGUACCAACAAGAAGCAACGCUGUGAGAGCCACCGUCAGAGGAAACGCACCAAUGGACUGGUACAUGUACCAGUGGAGUGGUACGCGUACCAGUGGAGUGAUACUAGUGGAGUGGUACGUGUACCAGUGGAGUGGUACUAGUAACCAUAUGUCCUGUUUAGGCUUAAAAAAAUUGUGAAGACUUUAUGUUUAUUCACAUUCGAAGGAUAAUUUAUUGCUUUUGGCAUUGUUGUUGGCAUUUCCCUGAUUUUGCAACCCAUUUUGGAACACAACUUUUGGCUACUAAUAUAAAGUUCCUAUUUUGUUGACUGAUUUAAAUGUUUAUUGUGUUGCUUGUGCCAGAAUUAUAUUUCAUGAUCAAGUAAGUAUUGAGUAUUGGUAUAUUGAGGACAGUCUUAAUUAGUAUCAGUUCAGUGGUAUAAGUACCAGUUAAUUGAUAUGUAUACCAGUCUAGUGGUAUAGUACAAGUUCAGUGGUAUAUAUGUACCACUGAAGUAGUAUGAUUACCGCCGAAGUUGUGCGAAGACCAUUUCUAUUCAUUACUCGUCGGCAAAGAUAUUUCAAUGACAUUGAAAGAAGUUGACCAAUAAUUAAGACAAAAGAAAAAUAAUAAAAUCAAUUCCAAACUUCAAAAGUGGUGGAGACCACAAUAUUUUCAUGACGAUGUAUUCCAAACUCCACUAGUACACGUACCACUCCACUGGUACAUGUACCAGUCCAUUGGUGUGUUUCCUCUGCCGCCUAGUGGUACCACCCUCACCUUCAGAUUCUGUCGCCGCCACUUAGGGUUGAUCGAAUCUCUACCGUGGAAGGACGGUGGUCAAGAGGAAAAGAUCAAGCGCAGGCCGUGGAUAAGAGGAAGUUGUUGGAAGGUGAUGUUUGAGAUGGAAGACGGAGGACGGCAGACGGCCGACGACAUGGAUGGUCGGACUUGUUGUAAGGGCGGCGGGGAUAUCCGCCAGCCGUGUAAUGAUGAACCAGAGCUAUGGUUCUCCACAACAAUGGAAAGAAACAAGGGGAAAUAGCAGAGGAGGGAGGGGGGAAAUAGAAACAAAGGGAAAGGGAGUAGAAACGCCACAGAGGGAAAGGGGAUCCAGCUAAAUUGCCCCAUUCCCGUGCAUAAUUAAUAUGACAAUUAAUUCUUUCUCCAUUCAUAUUUAUUUGGGACAGCCAUUAAUACUUAUCUAAUAAUUAAAUAUAAAACUGACCAAUCAAUAGGAAGGUGUCGAAAAUCACUACCCCUUUAGGGGUUAGCAUAGUAUCCGGCCCCCCAAAUCAAUUAUCCAAACUAGCUCCUGACAUGUGCACAGGGUAGAUAAAAAAACCCUAACUUUGAACAAUAUGCAAUGAAUUUUCGCUGCACUGAAUUGACUAAAGUCACAUGUGAUUUUUCUUUCAUAGUAAUAUAUGUCAUUACGAUAUGCAAUGAAUGUUUACGAGUAGGGCUGAAAAUUUGUUUGUCCCAUCUCUGUCUCGUCUCUGACCCUGUCUGAUCGGUCCCUGAAGGGCCAAGAUGUAUAACUGACCCGUCCCUGUCUCCUUCUUGACCCUGUCUGACCCUCAAGGGACAGGACGGGCCGGGACAGGCCGGGUCAGUGGGUCGACCCUAAUCAACACACUACUUUUUUACAAAUUACGUUUGGUACCCAAAAUUAUUUUUUCUUACAAUUUAGCACCUAAAAUUUAUUUUCUUACAAAUAAGUUAAUAAUUUGAAUGGUAAAAUUACGUUUUGGUACCCAAAAUUUUUAAUUUUUACAAAUUAGUACCUAAACUUUUAGAACUUUACAAAAAGGUCCAAUGUGGUGUGAGAUAUUUGUUGUUGCUAAGGGUCACAUGAUCAAAACCUGACCCGUCCCUAAGUUGUCCCUACUCGUCCCGACCCUUACAGGGUCAACAAAUGACACGUCCCUAAUUUGUCCCUGUAGACAAACUGACCUGUCCCGACCCUUAGCGACGGGACGGGUCGAGACGGGUCAGUGGGUCUUCCGGAUCAAGCUUUCACCCCUAUUUACGGGGACAAAAAAUAAUCAAGUUGCAUACAUAAUUAGCUCAUACAAGUUGUACAUGCUGUAGAGUUAUGGAUAGGUAACAAAUAUUUUCUAAUGCUAUACUUCUAGGUUGAUUAGACGAACAAUUUAAAUAUUUAGUAACCAAGGUCCAAGCGAUUAGUAUAAAAAAAUGUUAACGUUGUUGAUGUUAUGUUCUGAGGUUGGUCUAAUAUCAAUCAUUCGCCAAAAUAUUGAGAGUUUCUAAUGAAUUAAAAUAGUAAGU